AUGAGUGAUUUUUGGGAAAAAAACAAAGGCUCGAUUACUUCUGGGUUAAAGACAGCCGGAAAAUAUGGCUAUCAAGGUACUAAAUAUGUUGCCAAGACUGGUUAUAAGGCAGGCAAAAGUGCCAGCAAGAAUUCUAGCAAUAGAAGGAGAGAACGUGAACGGAGGAAAAAAAACGGUGAUGAUGAAGAUGAGGAGGAGGAAGAUGAUGAAAACCCAAAUGGCAAUUACAGUAAACAAGCGCAUCACAGUCGACAUGAUGGGCAGGCUCAAAGUUUUGGGCCUCAGUACCAGCAAUGGCAGCCGUCGCAACAGCCGUAUCAGCAAACUGGGCAACUUGCACAACCAUAUGCGCAAGCCCCACAACCGUAUGGUCAACCUCCACAACCGUAUGGUCAACCUCCACAACCGUAUGGACAACCUCCACAACCGUAUGGGCAAACUCCACCACCACAACCGUAUGGGCAAACUCCACCACCACAACCGUAUGGGCAACCUCCACCUCCACAACCGUAUGGGCAACCGCAGCAAUCGUAUGGACAAUCUUCGCAACCAUAUGGACAACCCCCGCAACAGUAUGGGCAAACUCCACCUCCACAACCUUAUGGGCAACCUCCACCUCCACAACCGUAUGUUCAACCCCCACCUCCACAACCGUAUGUUCAACCCCCACCUCCACAACCGUAUGGGCAACCGCAGCAAUCGUAUGGGCAACCACAGCAACCGUAUGGGCAACCACAGCAACCAUAUGGGCAACCACAACAAGUCUCUCAAGCGUAUCAAAAUAUACCAGAGACGAGACAAGGAUAUCAGGUGCCGCAGCAACCACAACAAGCGCAAGCCACUCCACCGCUUCAACAGGAGGCUAGCCAUUUCCAGCAGCCAACCGCGGCUCCAGUACCACUUCCAGAGCGCACCGCUGCUCCAGUGAGUCAAGCCCCCCAGCAUACCCAGCCUCCAGGAGCCGCGCAAGGUCCGCAGACAUACUUUAGUCCCCCCAGCGCUCAAAAUUACGAUUCGACUUCUGGUUCUUCAACGGGUCCUUCCCAACAGGCACCUGCUUUCAAUCGAGAACGAGCCAUGAGUCCACCGCUUGCAGAAAGAGCAAAGCCCUCUUUAAGUAUAGAUACCAAUACGUCUGCAAAUAUAGGACCAACUGUCCCAAAUGUUGUGCCCUACCAAAAAGAGCAAGCAGAAGAGAGGAAACUAGCAGAAAGACUGACAAUACCAGAGGUAGAUUUGGGCAGCCUGCCCCCACCUCCUACUCGUAAAGAUAGGGAAGCUUAUGUAUCUCGGGUUGAUUCGGCGAUAAGGUCCCCUUCUUCCAAAAAUAGGGCAUUGUCCAGCACUCAGCCUUCCAUUGUUACCACACCUCAAGAAUCGGCUCAUACUGUAGCGAAUGUGCCCUCAACAGAUGUUCAACACAUUCCAAUAACUCUAUCUAAUGACGACCUAGGUCCAGUAGCCUCAGAUGUUUCUCCCGCUGUUGUAGGGGAAACAGUAAAGGAAACUUCCAUAUUGUCAGAAGCAGAAACAGUUGAAAACCCAAAUACAGGCAUUACGGGUAAGUUCGAUUACAAUGUUCAGGUUAACUAUGCACCUCCUCCUAAACCACACAGGGGCCCUGGUAGUGCACCUUCUCUUGCUCCAUCAAAAUCUGCAAUAAGGCCACAAGCUCCGCCAUGUCUCAACGAAACUUUAGGCCCAAGACCCCCAGCAUUACCUGGACGUGAAACCUCUAGCCGUGGCGUCGAGUCAUCUUCUGCAACGGGAGAAACGCCUGUAUCAAAUUUCCUUCCUCCUCCCGCCCCUUACAGACGUACAGAGCCGAUGAGCAGUGAGUUCUCCAAGAACCCAGUGAGCUCGAGUGCUCCUGCUCGAAGCAUGCCAAAUUUGGUUUCUUCAGCGAACAGAGAUUUGUCGUCUUUUCCACCCCCACCAAAGCCAAAGAGACCUGACAUAUCCGGCUCUCCUGUUCUGAAAGAAACCGAGUCUAAUGAAAAUAAAAAAUUGUCUUCCUCCACUCCUCAUGGCAGGGGUCGAUUAUCGAUGGCAAAUACGGAAGAAGCAUCCUUCCAGGACUCAACAAAUUUGAAGAAAGAUCUUUCAAAUUCCCAAGUUGCUUCUAAUGAAACUAAUUCGAAUGAGCAUCCUCAAAAAAAGAAUCCUCCACCUAAAUUGAAGCCGAAGCCAAAGAAACUAUCAACAGCAAACUUUCGGAGCAGCUCAGAGGAGCUAGAAAGUGACCAAAGAUCUGCCGCAAUCAAUGGCCAAAUUGGCGAUAUAUCCAAUGAACUGGCUCAAUUCAAAUUGAAAAAAACGGGUUCUGGCUUCUUGAACAAUAAAAGCAUUGAAAGGUCAGAGGUACCUCCAAGUAAGGUGAAGACGCCUCCGAAGAUACCACCAAAGAGAGACUCAUUGAAGAAAGCCCCCCCUGUUCCUGCCAAGUCCUCAACCUUUAAACUGAAUGCGAGUAGUUCGCAGCAGAAAAUAGAACCAGAAGAAGAUAAUAAUCCUUUUUCAAUAUACCUGAAAAGUGCGGUUCCUCUGGAAAACGAUAGACUUCAUAGAUAA